GUCCGUGUAAUCUUAAUACUUGCCUGUUUGGGCAUAGUAUUUACCCUGGCAGGCAGCAUGAUGUUUGUUUACAUGGUUUUCCUAAUUACUCACUGUUAGACCAGACGCGUUUGUACAAUGUAACCAUCGAAAAGUAAAGUACUGUAUAUCACGUGACAUCGGUAAUGACGUGGACGAACAUUUCCGGAGGUGUGCCACCCGCGCGAAUGCUGGAAAUAAAACAAAAUUGGGACAGAAUUUGAACGGUAAGCUAUGUAGCGUGGGUGAUUUAUCACACCAUAAACGCAACUGAGGUGUAUAAUAGAUGGAUAAGUUUGUAACUCGGCACAGAAAAAGAUCUGCUGUUGAGGCAGAUGAAUGUAAAACAGAGGAACCAUUCAAGAAAUACAAAGAGGAAUGUGAGGUGGAAGAGGAGUUUUCUCAGCCCAUCCCCUGGAAGAAGAUUGAGGCAGAGGGAUUGGACUGUGACUACAGUUUGCUGUUUGACAAAGAGGAGGCUGAUCACCUUUUUAACCAGCUAGAAGAGGAGGUGGAGUACUUUACAGGUGACAAAGCUAAACUACAAGUGUAUGGAAGGUCAUACAGUGUUCCAAGGAAGCAAGCCACAUACGGCGACGAAGGACUGAUGUACUCUUUCUCUGGAGUCCAUCUCAUGGCAAAACCAUGGACUUCCACUUUGGAACGCAUUCGAGAUGCUGUUACCAGGGCAACAGGCCAUACGUUCAACUUUGUUUUGAUAAACAGAUAUAAUGAUGGUCAUGAUCACAUUGGAGAGCAUCGGGAUGAUGAACGGGAACUCGAUCCUGCCUGCCCUAUUGCCUCUGUAUCUCUAGGGGCUGCCCGUGACUUCAUUUUCCGUCAUAAGGAUGCACGGACUGGUUCUAGCAAACGUCAGAUUGAGCCUGUGAAGCUGGAGCUGGCUCACGGGAGUCUACUGCUCAUGAACUAUCCCACAAACACAUACUGGUAUCACAGUCUUCCAGUCAGAAAAAAGGUCAAAAUGCCACGCAUCAACCUCACUUUCAGACGCAUAGUGAAAAACAGACAGAAAACUGGCUUUAAAAUAGAGUGAUUGUUCUUUUAGCAUCUUACCAGGUACUGCUGUGGGUCAUGUUAGUUUUUCUUUCACAACAUCUGUGAAAGCUUGGUAAAGAGCUAGUGAGCAUAUCUCACAUUAUCACAUCUGCAGUGAAUCCAUGUUGGGUUUUAGCACACUCAGACAACUCUUGCACACUACAGUAUCAGUUUCACUU